AUGCUAAUACGCAGCGUUUCAGUUCUUAGCAGAGUGGUUUUUCGGAGGAUGCUGAGGACACAUGUUCUGAGUGAAUUCCUGGAGGGCCAGUGGUUGCGCACUCUAAUCUUAUUCAGCCUCAUCUGCCAAAUAAUACUUGUUUGCCUCGGUGACCGCCGGAAGUACGUUCCGAAUGUUUUGAUCAGGCCACUCACUUGGUUGGCCUACUUGAUGGCCGGCUCAGUGGCUUCAAAUGCGCUCGCGAUGAUAACAAAUAAUGCGGCGCUGAAAGAUAAUCAACACGUUCUGGAAUAUCUCAUCGAAAACAUCACACUGACGAUGUUUUGGGCGCCAUUUCUGUUGUUGCAUCUGGGUGGUCCUGAUAGGAUCACAGCUUAUUCUCUGGCAGACAAUGAGCUCUGGUCAAGGCACUUUUUAACCCUGUUUAACCAGACGGCUGCCAUCGUUGUCAUCUUCUACUUUGCGUGGAAACAGUUCAGGUUUUACAAACUUUCCGUUCUGAUGAUGGUCCCUGCUCUCAUUAAGUACGGUGAAAGAGUAUGGGUGCUAUGGGCUGCUAGCAGCGACCACUUCAAAAAAUUUUGCCAGGACCUCGAACCUGAUCAUCGUUCCAGGAUCUUGGAAGAGUACGAACUGAAGGAGUUCGCUCAUUUCACACACAAUCUUAUACAACUUUCGGAUGAGCAACUGCAUGAGCGCAGUCAGUUUGAACUCCUGGCAGCCAGAGGCUUGGUGGACAUUUUCAAGCGCAUUUUUGCAGAUCUUCUGCUCAGCUUCAAGGAGUAUGACACUAGCCGUUGUUUCGGCCUCCCCCUUCGUUUCUGCAGCAUCACCGUAACAUUCAUCGUCUUGAUACUUUUCACUUUCACUCACAAGAAUAAGUUCUUAUCAAACUCAUCUUUUGAUAUCAACCUCACCUAUACAUUGCUAGUUGUGGCGCUUUUACUUGAGAUGUAUGCAGUGUGCGAGCUUCUUUCAUCGGACUGGACUGCGUGUUGGCUGAUUAACAACAAGCGCUUCGGCUUCCUUAAAUUUAUAAAUAGGUUCCACCCGCUGCACAAAAGGAGAAGGUGGUCGAACUCGAUCGGUCAAUACAACCUGCUGAGUGUCUCCCUGAAGGAAACACAAUCAUCAGCUUGGCAUAGAGUUCUGGGGUACCUGCGCGUGGAUUUAAUACCGGCUGUGCAGAAGCACCUCUAUCAGAGCCAUGAGAGGGUGAGCGCUGACUUGAAGGGGUUCAUCAUCAAGCAAUUCAUCACAGAUGAUCGAAUGAGAGAUGCGGAACUCCCUUCCCCAUGGACCAGCAGGGGAAGCGAUGCUCUCGAAAGGAAUAACGGGUCGGUUAGUCUUAAAUGGCACUACAAAAAAACUAGGUUUUAG